AUGUCAGCCAAGAUGGUCACAACACUGCGCGAGAUUCAAACCAUUUUCGACCAAGUGAAUGUGGGAAAGAAAGUGCUCGACAAAAUCAGCGUUUGGCGUGGUGACAUCACAAAGCUCGAGAUCGACGCCAUUGUUAAUGCGGCAAACAGUGAGCUUGCAGGAGGUGGUGGUGUGGAUGGGGCAAUUCACAAUGCGGCUGGUCGCCGCGAGCUUCAAGCGGAAUGCAGGAAGAUUGGGCGUUGUGCGGUUGGAGACACGGUGGCUACAAGUGCUUGCAAAUUAACUCAUGUUAAAAAAAUUUUGCACACAGUUGGACCACAAGUUUGGGAUGAUCUCACCAAAAGCGACCGAGUAAAACUUCUUAACUGCUAUGCAACCUCUUUGGAGUUGGCUGUGGAAAACGGUUUGAAAUCAAUUGCUUUUCCCUGCAUCUCUACCGGCAUCUACGGAUAUCCAAAUGACGAUGCAGCAACUUCUGUCAUGAAUUUUUUGUGCAAAUUCUUCUUGAAAAGUCAACAUAGAGAUAAGAUUGAUCGAGUUGUUCUGUGCCUAUUUCUGGAAGUGGACAACCGAUGCUAUAACAAUGAAAUCCAGCGUGUUACGGAAUACUUUACUAAGUUGGAUGCUCGCAGCGGCAAGGAUGGGUCGCAAGAGACUACUCAGUCCCAGCAAGCGGCUGACAAGGGCCCAUCUACCGACAACACGCAAGAGGCUGAAGCUGACGCAUCGACCCAAUCCCAACUGGCCAGCACAGAAGCUUCGUCUCAAUCACAUACGUCCACCACCACAGAAGUAUCUUUUCAGUCAGCGGAUCAAGCGAAUUCGCCGUCUCAAGGACGGUCAACAGAAGUUGAGACUACCGUCCAAUCGUUGCUUGAUACAACUGAGAAUGAAGAAAAUCGAGUAAAUGCGAUUAAUAACUGUGCAAAAAUGGCUGGCGCUGUCAAGGAGGUUGUCCCUGCUCAGGUCGACGAAAAUGAGGGAGAGAAAGCGCCAUUCAAUUCUCUAACCAAGCUG